CCCCUUCGCUUCUUCAACCUCAAAGCCCUUCCCUUUUGAGUUUCUUUACUCGAAUUCUCACAAGAUAAUAAGAGGUAAACUCCCAAAAAUUCAUCUUUCUCGUUGUUGGGUCUGGAACUCUUCAUACCCAUUUGUCAAGUUUUGCAAUUUUAAGCUCAGUCUAUGUAUUGAGUGAUCUUCAGCUACAACCCAGAUACUCUUUAAUGGAGGAACAGAGAGAAGAGAGUGAGUUUUUCAAUGAGUCCAUGGAGGAGGAAGCUGGUAGAACUGAAACCCUAGUAGGCGAAGAUACAAACACGGUACAGGUUUCGGAUUCAGGUAUUAGUGGGAUUGAUGCAGAUCCAAAUAAUGGAGUUUUAGCUACUGAAGAUGGCAAUACGGAUAAUUUGGUUUCUGAUGAGGAACAAAUGAAAGCUGAUGAUGUUGAGGUUAAUGGUGAGGAGACGAGAGAUAACGCUGAUGAUGCUGAUGUUGUUGAGGUUAGUGGUGAGGAACUUAGAGAUAACGUUGAUGAUGAUGUUGAGGUUAGUGGUGAGGAACCUAAAGAUAAUGUUGAUGAUGAAGUUUCACUGACUGAUGCUAACACGGAUCUCGAAGUUGAGAGAAAUGGUGAGACAGCUACGUCUGAAGUUAAGACCAACCACGGUGAAAGUCAUGAAAGUGUAACCUCUGGUGGGAAUGAGGUAUCUGAUGAGAAGACAAAUUGUGAAGUUGAGGAUACUGGUGAGGAUACUAAAGAUAACGUUGUUGAUGAUGAUGAUGUUGCACUUACUGAUGCUGCUAUAGAGGAACCUGGAAUUGGGAGAAAAGGUGAGAUGGCUAACUCUGAAGUUAAGAGUAACCAUGGUGAAAGUCAUGAAAGUGCAGGAGAAGGGGAGAGUGUAAUCUCUGGUGGGAUUGAGAUAUCUGAUGAGAAGGUAAAUUGUGAAGUUGAGGAUAUUGCUGGAAAGAAAGCUAGCCAAGAGAAGGAAUCCACAAAGAAUAUCGAGGACGAUGAUAAAAGAAUGGGUGAUGAUGGUGAACAAGAGAAACUAUGUCAUUCUUACGAUGAGGAGUGUAAUUUGGGAUGCGAGACAUCAGGCGCUGAUCAAGAGAAGGAAUCAGCAAAGAAGAGUGACGUGAAUAAUAAUAAUAUGGAUGUUGAUAGCAAACAUGGACAUGAAGAGAAUGUGGGAUCAGAGACCAAAGAUGCUACAGUUCUAGAGGAGUCUAUUCAAUUGAGCGAAAAGGAAACUAAUGAAGUAAAUCCAGUUACAGUUUUGGAAGUUAGCUCUGCUGCUGAAAUGAAUGAAAAAGGAAAAAUAACCAAUGUUAACCAAAAUGAAGAAAACGGAGAAGCCAUGGAGGUUGAUAAUGCGACAGAGGAACAGGUGGAAGAUGAUGUUAAAGAUAUUCCAGUAGCUGAAGCUGACGUGAAUACUUCAAAUGUACGAGAGGAAAUGGAAAUUGACGAACGGAAAGAUAAUGCUGAUGCGGCAAGUGAUCUUACCGGAACAAUUGUUUCUACUGAUUUAGCAAACCCAAACAGUCCCUCUGAAAAUGCUGAUCCAGGUGAAGUUGAACCGUUGGAUCAUCAUGCUCUUUUUGAUCCAACUUCUGAUAUUACCAACUUUAUUGAUUUCAGUGGUGUAUCAUCUUGGUCAGGAAAUAUACAAGACAUUAAAACCGACACCAGUAAUAUAUCUUCGAAAGAGAAUAAGAAAGCUGCUGAUAUGGCAGAGGAAGUUGCCUCGGUGGGUAUCGAAAAUGGAUCGAGUGAAGCACGUGUUGCUUCUGGAGCAAAAUCUCCAGCUGAUGCAAUUUUGGGAUCUGAAGAAAAUCAAGAAAGUAAAGAUCAUGAAUGCUUAGAUCAAAAAGUUACAAUGAGAAUGGAAGAGGACAUUACUCAUGAAGCCCAAAGUGUCGAUCCAAACCAAAAUGAAGAUACAGAAAUGGAAAAAGAUCCCAAUAAUUCUAUUGUAACCGGAACUGAAGCAUCUGAGUUUGAGGAAAUGGGCGACACAUACUGGACGGAUGAAGCUGGUUCUGAUAUUAAGACCAAUGGUGUGAAACGAAAGGCUGAUGUCCUGAGUGAGGAUUCACCAGGAGAAGGUAGGAAGACUGUCUCAUUGGCAAAGGUGUCUUUUGCACAAAGGCCCUCCUUUAAGAUUGGUGCAUGCAUAGCCAGAGUUGCUAGUCAGAUGGCAGAAUCGCCUUCAGUUUUGAAGGGUAGUAACUUUGAUGGUGAAACUCUUUCUGUUGAGAGUUUUGUGUCCCAGCUUCACUGUGCAGCAACAGACCCUGAUAAAGAGAACGUUGUAUCAGACAUUGCUGCUGGCUUUUUCUUAGAUUUCCGAAACUCCUCAGCUUUGCAGCAAGGUACCCCAGAAAAGGUAAGCAAGAAAAGAGCUAGACUGUCCAGUUCUAAUGCAACAGGAACUGAAGCAUUCGAGUUUGAGGAAAUGGGCGAUACAUACUGGACGGACAGAGUGAUCCAUAAUGGUGGCGAAGAACAAACAUCACCAACUGAAAAAGGAAAGUAUCAAAUUGUGCCAGUUGAGUUGAAACCUACUCAGGUUCAGAGGACUCGUCGACCUUACAGAAGACGACAGACUCAGAUCAAUAUUCCUCUUUCAGUCUCAGAAAAACCACCAAAUUUUGAUGAGAAUGCACCAGCUGAACUUGUAAUGAAGUUUUGUGAAGAGGAUACUAUACCUACUGAGAAGACCCUGAGUAAAAUGUUUAGGCAUUUUGGACCAAUAAAGGAGUCGCAAACUGAAGUUGACAAGGAAAAUAACCGGGCUAGAGUAGUUUAUAGGAAGGGUGCUGAUGCCGAGGUUGCUUACAACAGUGCAGGAAGGUUCAGUGUUUUUGGGACGAAAGCGGUGAAUUACGAGCUCAGCUAUACGAUAACUGAAACUUUCAAAGUUCGGCCUUAUGUUGUGUCUUUAGGCGAGGAGGAUGCAACACUAUGUCUUCCAUCUUCAAUGUAGUCGCUUCAGAGUUCAGACAUUGUUCAGGUGAAAGAAUCAAGAGAAGUAAACGAUGACAUAGCUCAAUGGAUUGGAUGCUCUUGAUUGCUUGUUGUUGUUGUUGUUGUUGUUGUUGUUAUCCUUAAGGUAGAGAUUUAGGCUGUGUAAUAUGAGAAAUUAUGUAAAAGUUCCAGAAUCCUUCAAGUAAUCUGUUAUCUUGGAGGUUAGAGAGACAAUUCCCUUUUUGUAAUCUGAUGACUCAACACAUUUAGUUUGCUGUUACUAUACCAAUUGAUGUUAGGACAUUGAUGGUCA